UUACGAAUAUACCCUUUCUCUCCCCUUUCCUUCUCUAUAUAUUCUCCCCACCGAAACAUUCUUUCACUCGCUCUCUCUUCAUUUUCUUCAUCUUUUCAAAACACAACAAACAACCAUGGCUUUCCGUAACAAACCUUCUUCUCCCUUCGACUGCAUCAUCUUCGAUUUGGAUGAUACCUUGUACCCAUCCACCACCGGAAUCGGAGCUUCCGUUAAGAAAAACAUCGAUCUCUUCCUAAUUGAAAAAUGCGGUUUCUCACAAUCCAAAGCCUCCACCCUCCGAGUCGAACUUUUUAAAUCCCACGGUAGCACUCUCGCCGGUUUACGAGCACUAGGCUAUGAUAUCACCGCAGAAGAUUACCACAGUUUCGUGCACGGAAGACUACCUUACGAAUUAAUCAAACCUGACAUUCAGUUACGAAACCUCUUGCGUUCAAUCAAACAAAGGAAAAUUAUUUUUACGAAUUCGGAUAGGAUACAUGCGUUGAAAGCGUUGGAUCGGCUUGGUGUAAAGGACUGUUUCGAACAGAUUAUAUGCUUCGAGACUUUAAACCCGAAUCUACCGAACUCGAUCCGACCCGAUGAGUUUCCUGUCGUUUUGAAACCUUCGCUGGAUGCUUUUAAAAUCGCGAUUCAAGCUGCUAACGUGGAUCCUCGCCGUACCUUGUUUCUGGAUGACAGCGUAAGAAACAUCGCUGCGGGUAAAGAAAUGGGUCUCCAUACUGUUUUGGUUGGGGAGGGGGUGAAAAGCAAAGUUGGGGAUUAUGUAGUGGAAUGUGUGAAUAGAGUUGCACUUGCGGAAGUGGUUCCUGGAAUAUGGGGGAACAGAGUGGACGACGGUGAUAGAAAGAUUUCACGCACAAACAGCGAAUUGGAUGCUUUGUUAAGCGCAUAUACUGCUGUUGGAGCUUGAAAAGGCAUGAUGUUGUAUAUACCGAACAACUAGUCAUUCACCCAACCUAAAGACAAAGACAGUGAACAAAUAAUGUCGGGAACCUAAUGUGUUUUGUUAAUAAUCAUGUGAAUAGUUUUAAACGUGUUAAGUGACAAAUGAAUAAAUUAAUGUAUGCUAGAUGUCAAAUCUUGUGUGUAACCUCCUGUGUAUUCGAAUUGACUUUUAAUCUUGUAGUAUAUUUCUAAAUCAAAAUCACACUCUUUCAUGCA